AUGGUAGAUUUUGAACAUGUCUUAAUUAGAACAAAAGAACCAUUGCCAAACUAUGCUCAGCGUGUAGUUGGAAAUGGAAUCAGAGCCCAGUCUGGAAAUCCUGAAGUCAGAGUCAGAGGAACUGACCCUGUGAUAAAUCAGAUCAUUGAUAAGCUGAGGCAUGUUAUCCAGUUGUUACAGGGUAGAUCACCCAAACCCAACAAAUGGGAGCUUCUUCAGUCAGGCAGUGGUGGAGGCAUUCUUGAGCAAUCUAGUGGAGACUGUGAUGAUGAAGACGGCUGUGGGGGAUCAGGAAGUGGAGAAGUCAAGCGGACUCUAAAGAUCACAAACUGGAUUCCAGACAGCAUGAACUUCAGUGAUGUCAAGCAAGUCCAUGUAGCAGACCGUGGAAGGACUCUGGAUACGACUGCCACGGCACGUGCACCAGGAACUGAGUCUAUGACACUCACUCUGACGGGGAUGCUGAUGUCUCUUCCCUGGCUUUGGUAAUGGAGUUCUUCUGUCAGGACAUACCUUACAGGGGUCUUGAUUUAUUCCUUCUGUCCUUUUGCCUGGGAUAGAAGACCUCUUUUAGAGUGAUGACUGAGUUUGGAGAAAAGUGAAAAGUGUGUUCUGCUAGCUUUUAGAAGCCAACUGGAAUGUCCACUGACGACCUAGAAAUCAAGAUUUUGAUGGACUUUUUCAAAUUGUCUUCCUGGUGUCUAACUUACACCUUCUUAAAUU